UCUUCAAACCGCAUUAUGUAUAUUGCGACAAAUUCUGUUUUUUUUGCAUAAUUAAAAAAAAUGUAUAAAAGUGAAGACUUCAGAAAUAUUUUCCUCUCUUUGGGAGAAGAAGUCGAAGAAUGUUCCAAAGUGUUAUUUUCUCAAAUGCAUUUUUACGCGAAUCUUUGUCCUGUGUGCUUUAAUCAUAAUCGUGAAACACGUUUGAAAAUUUGUUCCGGUUGUAAAAUGAUUUCAUAUUGUGGCAAAGAACAUCAAAUACAAGAUUGGCCGAGACACAAAGAAUUUUGUAAAAUUAUUUCUAAUCAAUUGAAAAUUAGUAAAACUUCCAAUAUUUUUGACGCUGCUAAUCUCAUGGAGGAAAUUAACAGUAAUAGUAGUUCAUUGGAUAAUGACAAUGGAUACAAUAAAUCAUUGAUGGAAAAAAAAAAUUGUGUUUUAGAAUUUGUGGCAAAUAAAAUUAAACGAGUGAUGUGUGCAUCUGAGAUAGAAAUGAUUUUAUUUCCAAAGCAUUGUGAAACUUGUGAAACAACUGAUCCUAUUGCCUUGACAAGUUGUCCAAAUUGUCCACAUGCAAAUUUUUGUAUUGAUCAUAAAAAAGAUUCUAAGCAUCAAAAAAAUUGUCAUCUCUAUACACUUUGUUGUUUAACAAAUGCUUUUGUUAUAAUGAAUAUAUUUAUCGGAAAAUUUGAAUAUCCAAAAUUUAAAUUAUUCAAUGGAAAUGUUGAUAAUUUUCCAAAAUCAUUGGAGGAAUUCAUUAAUUCUCAUUGUUCAUUAACAAUUUAUGAUAAUUUCAAAGGAAAUUUGAUUUUGAAAAAUAUUUAUUCAGAAUAUUUGACAUAUUCAAUGACAAUAAGUUAUGCAUUGAGAAAAUUGAAAUGUCCAUUUAAUUCAAAAAUUGAGAUUCAUUUGAUUAUUAAACAUUUGGUUGAAAUAAAACAUCUAUUUUUGGAAUUAAUUUUACAUUGGCUGCCACACGUUUUGUGUUUGAAAAUUGUAUGUUUCGUUCAUGAAAUAAAUGUACCAGAAUUAUUUUUACCAAUUUGUCAAUUAUGCGUUGAAAAUAAGAAAAAAUUAAUUUUAGAAUUUUGUGGAUUAAAAUAUCGUGAUUAUAUAAAAACUGAUCAAUUUAUUAAACCGAAUAUUGUCAUUGGAUUUGAAUUUGAUGAGAAAUUUUUACACGAUAUCGCUGAUGUUGUUCCAAUUUUAAAAAAUUUGAAAUGUCCAUUUCUUAUGACAGCUGUAUGUGAAACAGAUGGUUUUGAAAAUUUGAAAAUAUUAAGACAAUUUAUUCAAGUAAACGAUUUAUGUCUUGAGAGAAAUCCUUUUUCAAGUUCAAAAUAUUAUAGACUUGCUGAUUAUUUAAAUGGAGUUUCUGCCACCAAUAUGUUUAUAAUUUAUGAGAAAAUGGAUGAAAAACAAAUUAUUGAAGAUUAUUCAAUUUCAUUUAAACCUCAAUUUUCAUUUCAAAUUGUUAAUUCAGAUGAUAAUGAUAAUGAUAAUCUAAUUGAUAAGAAUUUAUUUAACAAAAAGAAAGCUGACAUCAUUUUGGAAAUAAUGAAGAAAACAUUUAGAAAAUUACCACAAAAAUUCAAAAACAAUUGUCGUGAAGAAAUUGAAAAAAUUUCAAUGAAUUUUAGAAACAUUGAAUAUAAAAGGUACAAUUGAUAUUAUUUUUAUAAUUUUGAGUAAUAAUUUAUUUUCAUUUUUAUAAAUUACAAUUCUUUAACAUAAUUUAAAGUGAAACUAGAAAAAAUAUAAAAUUC